AUGUUUUGUUGCUUUGAUCCAAAGGGUGAAAAGGGAGACUCUGCAUCUUUUGGCACGUCUGGCUCAAGAGGACCAAUGGGCCCCAAGGGUUAUCCUGGCGUUAAAGGAGAAAAGGGUGCAAAAGGAGAUCCAGGAGAAUUGGGUCCCAAAGGUGAACAGGGCUUUAUGGGGGUCUACCAGGAAUGCUUGGACAAAAAGGAGAAAUGGGCCCAAAAGGAGAGCCGGGGAUUCCUGGAAAUAGAGGGCCUACUGGGAGACCUGGCAAACGAGGAAAACAGGGAGACAAGGGUGUCACUGGUGCUAUGGGACUCAUGGGCCCUCCUGGUAGACCUGGUGCUAUUGGCCCAGCUGGACCCCCAGGACCAGCUCAGCUAAUUGUUGGACCAAAAGGAGAGAGAGGCGUUCCUGGUCCUCCAGGAAGGUGUCACUGCAAACACCCCCAGUCUGUGGUUCACCCUCACAAUGAGGAGUCGUUUAAUGGAAACAGUUUUGCCAAGAUAUUCCUUGUUAACACACAAGAGGAGCUGGACAGCUUGGAUAUUGAAAAUGCUUUGGCGUUUCGUAAGGACCUCAGAUCCCUUUAUUUUAGAGACUCAAAUGGGUGGCUACCUAUUCAGACCACCGCUUUUUUGGCUGAUGGCAGUGGCACCUGUGGAGAUGGAAUAGUCCAGCAUGGAGAAGAAUGUGAUGAUGGCAACAAAAUUGUAACUGACAGCUGUAUAAAUUGCAAGCGUGCCUAUUGUGGAGAUGGCUACCGACAAGAGGCAGUAGAGGAAUGUGAUGGUAAAGAUUUUGGCUACCAGUCCUGCAGAACAUAUCUACCAGGAUCCUAUGGACAGUUGCGAUGCACAUCUUAUUGCUACAUUGACUCCACACAGUGCCGAUACUUCACAUGA